AUGAUGGAGGACAACAAGAAGCUGGCUCAGCGGAUCGAUGGAGCCAUCCAGUCAGCCAGUCAGGAGGUGACCAACCUGCGCUCAGAACUCUCUGCUACCAGCCGCAGACUGGCUGAGCUGGGGGCCAGUAGCCCCCACAACCUGGACCACAACCAGCAUAACAACCACCACGUGAAUAAGCACCCCUAUCAACAUAUGUGUGUCUUUUUUUCCCUCCAAACAGAUCCAGCAGUCCACCACAGGCAGAAGGGAGUGGUAACGGACAUCUGUUUCCAAACAGAUAUGUCACGUCUGAUGGACUUUAACACUCCAGACUCCUCACUGGACAAAGUGCUGCUACGGGAGGAGGUCGCCCAGUUGCAGGAUGAGGUGCAUCUUUUGAGGCAGAUGAAGGACAUGUUGAGCAAGGAUUUGGAGGACUCUCAUGGUGGCUGCUCGACCGACGCCCUCUCUGCCACCGAGCUUCGGGCCCAGUUGGAAGAGAAGGAGCAUGAGUUGGAGCGAGCAAAGGAAGCCUUACAAGCCAUGAGGGGCGACCGUAAACGGUUAAAAGCGGAAAAAGCAGACUUGGUGAGCCAGAUGCAGCAGCUGUACACCACUCUGGAGAGUCGUGAGGAGCAGCUUAGAGACUUCAUCCGAAAUUACGACCAGCACAGAAAGGAGAGUGAGGAUGCAGUGAAGGCUUUGGCAAAGGAGAAAGACCUGCUGGAGAGGGAGAAGUGGGAUCUGCGCAGACAGACAAAAGAGGCCACAGAGCAUGCCAACAUCCUGCGCUCCCAAAUAGACAUGAAGGAGAACAGGAUCAAGGAGCUAGAGGCAGAGCUGACCAUGGCAAAGCAGUCCUUGGCAACGCUCACGAAGGAUGUGCCAAAGCGGCACUCUUUGGCAAUGCCAUCAGAGCCAGUGGUGAAUGGCAGUCAGGAAUGGGUGAUGCAGGCAGAGUUGCCACUCACUGCAGCAAUCAGACAGAGCCAGCAAACCCUGUACCACACACACUCCACAGAGAGACAAGCUCCACUUAGGAUCAGUCCGUGUCACUCCCGUCAGCCCUCUGUCAUCUCUGACGCCUCAGCUGCCGACGGUGACCGUUCCUCCACCCCGAGCGAUAUUAAUUCUCCACGACACCGGACACACUCCCUCUGCAAUUCCAUGGAGGACCUCGAGGACCAGAAACGUAAAAAGAAGAAGGAGAAGAUGAGUCUGGGCUCCCUGUCGCGAGUGUUUGCCCGUGGCAAACAGCGCAAGUCCCUGGACCCUGGCCUGUUUGAUGGUACUUCCACACCUGAUUACUACAUAGAGGAGGAUGCUGAUUGGUGAUACUGAUGCGUGUUAGUGUAUAUGGAUGUGUAUGUGUGUGUUUGUGUGUGUGCAUGAGUAUAAGUGUG